ACUGAAGACUUGGAAGUGAAAGAGAUAGAGAGAGCAGAAGCCAAAACCCUCACCGGCGAUGGCUCUUUUCACCGCGCGGCGCAAAAUCGCGACAGUCCUUAGCAAAACCCUCUCUUCGUCUCCUCCUUCUUCUUCGCUUUCUACACUCUCUUCUCGUUCUCGAUUCGCUGUACCUCUAAUCGAUAAGCUUUCCUCGACCCGAACCGGACUAGGCCCGUGUUACAUACCGACCCGACCCAAGACAUCCGGGUCAGGAUACUCUCCGCUGAACGAUCCUUCGCCGAACUGGAGCAACCGUCCGCCGAAGGAGACGAUUCUUCUCGAUGGGUGCGAUUACGAGCACUGGCUCAUCGUCAUGGAGUUCGAUGAUCCCAAACCUACAGAAGACGAGAUGAUCAAUGCUUAUGUCAAAACAUUAACUUCCGUUGUCGGAAGCGAGGAAGAGGCAAAGAAGAAGAUCUACUCUGUUUCCACUUCGACUUACACUGGCUUUGGUGCUUUGAUCUCUGAAGAGCUCUCUUGCAAAGUCAAAGGAUUGCCUGGUGUUCUCUGGGUCCUACCUGAUUCUUAUCUUGACGUACCCAACAAAGACUAUGGAGGUGACUUGUACAUUGAAGGAAAGGUGAUACCCAGACCACAGUAUAGGUUCACUGAACAGCGCCAGAUAAGAAACCGGUCCAGGCCUAGGUACGAUAGGCGCCGUGAGACUAUGCAGGUGGAGAGGAGAGAGCCAACACAACAGAACUGGAACCAACCAUUAUCCAUGGGUCAUCAAGCUCCGGAUAAUUAGAUAAAGCCCCAGUGCUUGAAUAAUAUAUAAACGCUAGUUAUGCAUCUGUAAUGAAGUCUACUAGGCUUAUUCGCUAUUACAUUUCCACCUUAAACUCUCUUAAUGUCAGAGAAUUGUCAAUUAUCACAUUAUAAUCAUUGAUUCAUCAUAA